UGGGUCUCCAAUUCGCAGCAACCUCCAAGCGGUGAGACCUGGGAAAUCAUAUUAUUUAAUAUACAAUAUAUAAUUUUAUCAUUGCUAAUGUCUCGCUUAUUAAUGUCAUUGAUACAACUAUAUAUUUUAUAAGAAAUAAUAUGAGCUAAUUAACUGCGAGCGCGAUUAUAUUUUUCGUAGGUAGAAAUAUUAUAAUUUAAAAUGACGAAUAAUUUGAAUAUUCUUGUUUCAAUUUCUAAAAUUAUAAUGAAGUAUAUUAAUUUAGUCUUUUCUUUGUCUCUUUCGAGUGUUUUAAUUUUGUCCACAUACUUAUGUUAUGACAUGCUAAAUAGCGUUACAAAUAAUAUGAUCUUUUCGGAGAUUGAAUAUUUCGAAAUAUAUGACUCAAAGUUUUAAGAUAUCGCGUAGAGAAGAAUAGAGAAAUGUUUAAUAUUUGGAAAUUUGGAAAUCAUCUUUAGAAUGCUUUAGAAUGCUUUAGAAUGCUGUACAAAUAUAGAAAUAAAAAAAUUAAUUAAAUAAAUUUUAGAAAUAAACCAAGAAUUGACCGUCAGCACCAUUAUUUUUGUGAAUGACAUUUAUUUAGCGAGGAUAAGAUAAAAGUAGGUAAGGUAGAACGAGAGAAGUGAGAUUCAUCGCCAUCUAUUGGAAUCAAAAAUUUCUAUAUCUAAAAAUAAUCAGAAGAUGGCGCUGAUUCGUAAUUCGUAUUUUUCUUCCUGUUAGAAUUUUUUCUUUAUCUUUUGAGGAGAUGUUUUCCUUAGUCGAGAGAUGGUGCUGCCCCCGAAUUUAAUUUGUAGAAUUACAUAUUUAUGUAAGUACCAUAUUGAACUAAUAUUUAUGUAAUUAUCGAUUGAAUUAUGUUUUCAUACGAAAAUGUAUUCCAUCAUAAAGAUGUACAAAUGCAUAUAUAAUAUCAUAUAAAAACUAACAAAUGUAUUUUAUUUACAUAUUAUUUGUGAGUUUUCUUUUAAUUUCGUUAAAUUUAAAAGAAUGCUUUUAAUUUUUUUUUUAAAUUGUAUUUAUUUAUGUUUAUCUCUAAUUUGUAUUUGUAUCUUUUUUUUAUUUUAUAUUUCAUACAAAAAUUCAUUUCAUUUCAUUUACGUAUUUUGUAUUAUAUAUAUUUCUUAUUAUAUAUGCAAAUAUUUUAAGAAUUAUUUAUGAAAUGUACAUCAUAUUUUGCCAUUUAUAUUGUACAUAAUUACGCAAUUAACAAAAACUAAUACUGUCAGUAUUAUCAGUAUAACGAGUAAUAAUAUCAAUGAAUAAGAAAUUUUUUUUUUAUUCAUUCGAGUCAUUCAGGAUUAUAAUAUAAGGAAAUCUCGAUUAAAGUAUAUCUAAGUAUAUUCAGAUUUUUAAGAAGGAAUAUAAAAUUUGAUUAUUAAUAAAAUAAUACUAUCAACGAAUCAUUUAUAUCAAAAUUAAAUAGAUUUUUAAUUAAAUAUAAUGUUUGUAUACAUUCUUAAAUUCUUAAAUUAUUGAGGUAUUGAUCUCUAUAAAAUUAGCAAAUAUUCAUAAUACUCGAAACGUGCUCGCGAUCAAUUGAUUUUCAAUGAGAAAAUUGACCAUUGAUAAAUCGUAGGGAGUUUAUCCAUUGCGGUGUAAGACAAAUUGACGUAGCAUAGCCGAAGGACCCUCUUAGGUACAUUGGUGGCUGACAAACUGGUCAAAGCCCUCUUACAACCCUCUCGGCUGCCAAAUUAUCGGACUCCUGUGGACAGCGAACCCAUUUAUACUGUCCACUAGCUAAGACGUAGUAGAAUCGGGGAUAAAGACGAUCCUGCGAGACGAACCAAUUGGUAAUCGACCAUUGAAACAAUACGUUUAUCAAUAAAACUUUAUAAGUAAAGUAAUGUCGUACAGGUUAAAAGUAACUUCUGUUUUGAUUAAUAAUUAUUCGAUUAUAUAUAAAAAAUAUAUAUAUAAAAUUAUAUAUAAUAUAAUUAUAUAUAUAUAUGUAUAAAAUUAUAUAUAAAAAUUAUUCGAAUAUAUAUAAAACGAUAUUUCUAAUUUUUCGGUAACUAAGAUUAAUUAAUUGUUUUAGAUGAUAAAGCUUGUUUCCAUAAAUUUGAUUUUCAUAAACUAUUAUCACUUAAUCUAAAAAUCUAUUUUGUUGAAAUUGAAAGAAGAAAUUUACGAUAGCCAAUAAUAUUCAUUGUCUAUCGCCAGUUUCUACGAAACAAUUUUUCUUAAUUUUAAUAUAAAGCAUAAUUUUGUUUUUUCUAAAAUUUAUAAAAAAAAGUGUAAAGAAUAUAUUUAUCAAACAACUUUUAAUCAUUAUUUUUAUAAACUUUCGUUUAAAAUAUUUGUUUCUAUUGAUCUAUCUUAAUUUACAUAUAUAAUAUUAUUUAAUAAUUUUAAAUUCAAUCAUAAAAUAUUUAAUUAAUCUUAGUUACGCAAAAAAAAAAUAAAUAAAUAAAUAAAAAAAUAUCUUAAAUCUUAAAUAUACGUAAGAAGUAUUACGUAAAUUUUUAAACUAAUUAAAUAUAUGAAAAUAUAUAAUUAAAUAAUAUGAAAAUUGAUUUAAAAGUAAAGAAUCAUGGACUUUUUUUAUAAAUGUAGGUGAAAAGAAAAUUCGUGAAGAUUUUACUUUUCGGAAAUGGCCUCAGUUAAUGACACGAGUGUUACAGGCCGGCGUACGAGACAAGAAUAAUGAGAUACGUAAUUCCGACCCGUGUUACGAUGUUAUAAAGUAUAUCGUGAAACGACUUUGUGAUCAAAACGUAGUUAAGGAGCGUGCCGUUCGAGAUUGCUAAAUGCUUUCAUAAAGGAGAAACCGAUCUUUAUGAAUUAGCGAGAUAAAUUGUUUCAGUUUGAAAAAACAGCAAUAUGACAGUUUUUAUCGAUACACAUAUACGCAGAGAAAUAAAAAAAUAUAUUUUUCGUGAAAUGUAUACAUUUUUUUCUUUUUUUUGUUUUUUUUUUCUACAAAAAUUAUCAAUAUUUCAUCCGAAAGAAUUGUUUUAUAUUUCUCUUUUUCUUCUUUAGCUUUUUUUUCCCCUCAAAAAUUAGAAAAAGAAAAUUAAAAUUUAAAUACCAUUUAAAUUUAUUAAUUAAAUCACGAAUAAUCAUCAAUUUACUUUUAUUUUCUUCAAUUUUUCCAAAAUUCAUCACUCGAAAUUUAUUUAAUUACCCCACAAUAAUACGAAGAAAACUUAUUCCUUUCUUUAACUUUUCUUCAAACGUACUAUAGGAAAAUAUUUUAACAUUCUUUCGUGUAUCAUAUCUAACGUUAUAUAUCCAAAAUCUAACGUUAUAUAUCCAAUCGAAAACGAGAAACAAGAAAAGAAACAAAGAGAAUCGACGUGUCAUCUCUCCUUCUCCCUUCUCCAUGAGAAAGAAGAAAAAAGGGAGAAAGAAAAAGAAGAAGAAAAAAAUCAAUCGUUUUGAAAAGAAUCUCGGCAGCAUAACGAUUUUCAUUCUCACCCACGGGGGAACGGAGAGCGGUCCUCGGAAGAAGGUAAAGAGAUUGGGGCUUAAGCCGGCAACAAUAUGGCCGAACGGAAUGGAGUGAAACGGUGGUGGCUGUCGGAUGGAGUGAGUACGGUCGACAGUAGUUGGUGGGCUAUAAUAACGUAUAAAGUAAUUAAGGACAUCGGGCGACAGCCUGGAAAAGGGUAGGGAGACGGGAGGGGAGGAGGAAGAGGAGGAGGAGGGGAAACGGACAGUUUAGGGAAUGCGACAUUUACAUAGUAAUUAAAUCGCGGGAGCAAGUGGGACCGUUGGGGAAGAUACUGGUGCUCGAGCAAUUACAGACGCAUUAGAUUGCGGUAAGCACUUGUUUAUGGCCUACCCUGCGUCGCUUCACUCGACUACUCGAUUCUGUUCAACUCGUUCAAACCUCGUAGUCCCGCGUUUAUACUCGUUUCUACUUUUUUUCUAAUCAACCUCAACCUUUACUCCUUCUCCAACGAUUAACUUAUUCCGAUCAACUGAUCAGGUAUUAACUCCCCGAUCCAAAACUCGUUGAUCUCGUUUCAUUAUUUUACUUAUUUCGAUUGUACAGGGUUGUUGGUUGUUUCAAUUGAUUGUUAAAUUGGUGGAUAGGAAAGGUACGUAAGAUGAAAGGCUACGAAAGUUAAGAGAAAGAAAAAUGGUGAAAAAUUGUUGGAGAAAAAUAAUAAACUAGUUAACUUUUAAUGUAUGUGUGAAAAAAUAUUAUGAAAGUGUCGUGCUGGAGAAUUGAUUAAUCGAUUAAUUUUUUCCAAAUUAAAAUUUUUCUAAAUUUCUUAGAGUUAUCGCGAAAUCUCUUGCAAAGAUUAAAAAAAGAAUUUAUAUUCAUCGUUUUUUAAAUGAAAAAAGACUGAUUGGUUUGCGAUACUCGAACGGCACUUGCCAACUCGGCGUUAUGCUAACAGCUGGCCAUCCCCAAGGGUCCUUUCCGGUUCGUUUAGCGUCGCGCGAAGACAACCGUGUGUCAUCGUUGCUGCCGCGCGCUAAUUGAAUAUCGCACCCCUUACACCGGCUGCCAUUUCAUCUCGCGGCGAUACAGCUUUUAAGUAAAAUUUCAUUUCCAUCGAAUCGCGCGUAAAUCCCAUUUGUCCGAAGCAACCGGCUUUGUUUAUCAUCGAAACGAAUAAAACGAUCGUUUCAAUUAGUUAAUUGAGAGACGAGCAAUUUUGUUUAUCUGAAAACGAAGUAGAUUCGUGAACGAAGGAAAUUUCGCGUGAUAUCUCGAGGGUGAAGAGACGUUGGAUUCUGUAUUGGAUUUGUGGAUUAAUAAUUGAUAUUAACAUACGAUUGGAAACAAGAUGGAGAAUUAUUUUUAGAAUCAAAGAGAGAAGUGGAAAUUGAAAAUGGUGAGAAAGAAGUAUUAAGAAAAUUUCUAAUAUUCCUUUAAUGAGAAGAAAAAUUUCCAAUCAAAGUAAUGAACAUAACACGUUGGAUCGUAAUAUGAUUAAUUUGAUGUUAAAAUCGACGUUUCAGAAAAUGUUAUCUUCGAUAAUAUAUUCGACGAAUAUACGAUGCAAAGUAAUAUACAAUUGUAGAGGUAUAAUUUUUUUUAUCGAGGACGUUUAUAUUAAUAAAAUUUGCUAGUGGAAUUGGUUCCGUGACUUUGCUUUUCAAAUAAAUAUUUCGAUCUAUUUGCACAACGGGGAGAGAGGAUAUACACGGUCAAAGGAAGGGAGACAAGCUUAUUGUUAGUCUAUUUUGCACCCUACCGGUUAUUCUCCGGAUACAUUUCUACCAACAGACGAAUCGAAGUCAAUAAGCGGAAGCCUGUUAGUUGCUGUAAUAAUAAAACCAUUGAAUACUCCAAUCGUGUGUAAUCCCUUUUUAAUAACAUUUUUUUCAACGACAGUUUUGUUUUUCUUUUCAAUGAAGGAGCAGGAAGCAGAAAUAGAAGAAAAGCUUGAUACGUUUUAUUUAAAAAAAAAAACAAAAAAAUGAAAAUCACGUAUCUAUAUAGUUUAUGGAGAAAAUUGCAACUGAAAAGCUAGAGGGCUUUAACAUCUCAAUUUUUAAUUUCUAUAUUUUAUUCUUUGUCUAACAACAACGAAGACUUUCUACUUAAAACAUAAUAAAAAAACAAUUCAUUAUAUUGACAUAUUUUCCACCCGCCAUAUAUCAUCAAACACAAAGAAAACACCGAAAUAAUCAAAAAUCGAUCAUCAAUCGACUCGAAAAGAAUCCUUCGAUCCCUCUUCGUUCGUGCCGAAGCGAAAUCCAAAUCCCAACUUCUGUUCAUAAAAAGCAAUACAAGAAAGAGAGGAAGACAGAAUGAUUCAAGCAUCGAAAAGAGUGUUAAUGCGCGGGUGGGACGAAAAUCUCUGGAAGAGGACCGUAAAGCGUCAAAAGUCGGAGAAUAUCCCCCCUUCCUUCUCGUCCACCAAAACCACUAUCGAAAAAAGGAUAGAAGCGGAGGAUAGAGGAAGGGGAGGCGGGAAGGGGAAUGCUGCAGAAGCUUGGAAUGACUUUGCAGGCAACAAUAAUCGAGGGAGAGAAAGGUGGACGCAUAAUGGUCGGAGAUCAAGAACCAUAAUAGACCGUGGGGUACACGCGGCGGGGCAACCGACUGACUGACUGACUUAUUUGUAUUAUGGCAUUACAGAGGCAACCCUAUAUCCGGGGCACGCACAGAAUUUCAAGCGGCGACCAGGCCAGGGGCAGGGACGCCCAUGCAGUUGACCUGCACCGCCUAAUUUGACGCUUUAACCUAUUGUCGAUGAGCACCGCUUUUCAAUGGGGGCGCCCCCCUCCCCCUAACUGGAAACGCGUGAUUCUGCUCCUCUGUCCGAGGAGCGAAACGCGGACAGGAUGUGGAAAUACGGUGUAUUUAUACACCGAUAUUUCUAUGGCUUCCUUCUGUCGUUAGGGUUACGAUCGAAAUUAUUGUUGCUUGUUAGAAAGAGGGGGGAUAGAGUGAGCUAUCUCGUCAAUUUGUCGAUGCUUGAUGGAGGAUCUUUAGGUGUAUAGAAAUAUCGUUUAGAGAGUGAGAUUUUUCAAUGGUGGAGAUAGCUGUUUCAGCUGUACGUAACGAUCGAUCUUCUUUAGAGAGGAAGAUUCAUCUUGCUUGUUUAUUGCAAUUUUUCCUUAACGUUUUAAAAAUUUUGAAUUUAUUUACUUAUUCAAUAGGAUUUUUGAUCCUUGAAAAAUGCAACGAUCGAAAUAAGAAUCGGGAUCGAGUAAAUGGAUCUAUCUUAUAUCCUUUCAUUGUUCGUUAAUUAAAAUUAAGAGUAAAUUAUAUAUAUAUUGAAAGAAAGGAUCAAAGGAUUCUGAUCGAAGCAAGAUUAAAUUAGUGAGUGAUUGUAAAUUUUUGCAUCGAAUUCAAAGUUAUAGCUAAUCGGUUGUUCCAGUUAAAAAAAUUGUAAUUAUGAAUCGAAUUUGAACGGUUGAUCAAAAUCGAAACGUUUAUCGUUAACGUCCAAUUAAAUUUGGUUUAAAUCAAACGCCAAUUAUAAUCAACUUACGUCGGUAUGAGUUUUACGAUCAGUGAACCGUAUACAAAGAAGAGAUUAAGCUUUCAGAAACGUUACAACCGCCGAUAUUACAUUCGAAAUUGAUACAAGCUGUUCUACGUGACCGAUGUUGAUUUUACGAGGAUCUUGGUUAGAAAUCGUCGUUAGGUUAAAAUGAACGGUGUGUAGAAGGGAAAAAAAGAAAUUAUGACUCGUAUAUCUUCUUUGAAACGCGAAAUAUCUCGCCCGUUGGAUGCAGCUUUGAAUAUCCUCGGCAUAGCGCCGGUGUCAUCGGCCAUUUUAUUACACGUAAUAAAAGAAUAAAUUGCAGCUUAUCGUUUCAUUUAAAUGUGAAACAGAAAAUCUAUAUUAUCUGCAAUGCGUAUUAUCUCUAAUAAACCGGAUACGCAUCGAUAAAUAUUUUCGAAAAUUAUAGUAGCAAACGGGGAAAAUGUUUUUCAUGAUCUGUUUUAUUACUCUUAUAACGACGUUUGUAUUUUUUCUUCUUUUUCUUUCUUUCUUUUUUUUUUUAUAUUUUGCGCGUUAAUAUUUGAACAUUGUUAAUGAUACGAUUUACGAGUUGGUUACUAUAAAUUCUAUUGCACAAGGGUUUUUAGCAAGUAAAUUUUAAUUUUAAACGUAAAAAUUAUAAAUUAAUCUUAAAAUCUAUUUAGACGUGAAUAAAAAUUAAAUUAAUUUGAAUAUCAUUAUUGUUCAAGGAAGAGAUGUAGUGCGUAACUUUGAAUCAUUUAAAAAUUUUCGAAAGCUUAGAGUAAAUAUUAAAAUAACGAAACGAAUUUAAAAGUAUAUACUUAUUGAAUCUGAAUGAUUUUUUAUAGGUAUCUUUUCAAUCAAAAUAAUUAUAUAGAUAUCGAGAAGAUAUAUUAUUCACUCAGUCAAUAUCCGGAUUUGUUAUCUUAUCAAUUCCUCAUUUGAUUAUUCAAUUAUCUGGGAGAACUUCUGUCGUGCUUCAAAAUCGUUUGAAAACACUCCAUUAUUGCAAUUUUUAUUUUCAAUCACAAUCUGUUCCACAAAGUUUUCCAAAAUUCUAUAAUUUUCUAUAUCUUUUCACUUUCUUCUUCGUAGUAUUCGAUCCUAUUAACUUCUAACUAAAGCUUCGCUUUAAAAGAAAACAUUAAUAAUUUAGAAUCUCCACAAUAUUAUUCGCAUUGAAAAUCGGAAUUUUAAAGUCAAAAACAGUUUGAUAAGUUACGAAUACAUUUCUCGCUAAACUCAUCGAGUGUCCAGAUUUAAAAAUUAAAAAUAUUUUAACGAAGCUCCUUUUAAAAAAAAUUAAUAAGAACGAUGGCGAACAUGGAAUAAAACGGCGAAUAAGCUGGAAUAAACUAAAAAUCCAGAUCACUGUUUCCAAAAAGGAACAUCAUUCGAGUUAUCUCGAGAAGAAAAGGACUCUUCCUUCCACCACCUUAAGCCGCGUUCUCAUUAAUGUACCACGUUUUCCGGUACGGAAUCGGUGGAAAAUCGAUGACGUCAUUCGUCGUUCCCACAACUGAUUUGCGAGAUAAAGGCCUCUGGUGGGUCCCGAUCGUGCUAUCGUUAAUACAGAGAGAUUAUACGCAUCUGCCGUUCUCGAAUGCGAGCGCGCGCGAGCGAGCGCGUUGCGCUUGCGCGAAGCAUCUUAGCGGAUGCUACAAAACCCUAACAACAAUAAUGAUGUCGAUUUUCUGCGUGCACGGCCGCAAUCAUCAAUCAUCGACUGGUUAUUAUUUAAGCCGCAACUUGACGCCAUAAAUACGUCGUUAGAGCCUAAGUCCUCGCCGUCCGGGGAACAAUGUUGUCCGCGAUGACAUUGAUGCAUUGGACCUCAUCUUUAGCCUGGCGUUACUUAUUGCACCCGCUUUGGGGAUGGUGGGUAUCUCGACGGACAAUUAGGCCGGCUCGAGGCGAUUUUCGCUCACGUUUUUCACCAGUUUCGAACUAUAUCUCUAGUACGUGUAUUCAAGUUUUUUGUCGCAUGGAAAACUGGUCGUGGAGAAGUUGAUUUAGGUUAGGUUAGGUUAGGUUAGCUUGGUUAUCGAUUUUGUUAAUGUGGGCAUUGAUCUUCUUUCGAGAUCUGUAGUAUCUUUAUUUCAAAGCGUAUUUAUAUGACAUUCAAGUUUCCAUUACGCGGAGAAUGAAUUAUAGAGUUGAAUUUGUUAGGUUAGAUUAGUUAACCUAACCAAAAAAUCAAAAUUUUCUUUUAAAUUUGAUAUUGUUUGAAUUUUUAGUUGGAGUGAAGAGGAAUUGAUAGAAAAUGGUGGAAAAUGUUGAAAGCAAGGGGCGCUUGAUUCUCACUGUAUAUUUUUGAAUCUAAAGUUAAUUUCUUUUUUAUUUACCGAGUUACAUUGGAACUGUACAAACCGACCUGUUUCACACCUUUUCGCAUAAUAUUAAAACGUCAUAGAUAUACUUUCGAGGCAAAAUGAAUAGGAUUCGCAAUUAUCUAAAUUUCGAUUCGUGCGUAAUAUUAAAUAAACACGAUGACAUCGGCAUGAGAAUAGAAAAGCCAUCGACAGUACGUAAUCGACGAUUAAAAUUCGGAAACGAUCAAAAAUUGAUGACACGUCCGCGAGAUACGACGUUCGCGGAAACGGGAGGCGGAUGGGGCCGGUCGAAACGACGAUUGAAGGUAUCGCGGGCAAACAAUUACGCGCCUCUAUGGUUUAUUAACAUUCACGCUAAUAUAGCAAUAAAUUCGCGCCAAGUAUCUCGCGAUCGAUACGCUUUGUAUAUCGCUUCGAAAGCGGUGUGCAGUCGAUAGUAUAUAUUAUGCAAAUAUUUAGCUAUUAAUGUUUUCUUUAUGACACGCGCAAGUAAUUUGUUUCGUAAUUAGUAUUUAGCGUAAGAGUUAUUCGUUUGGUAAUUACGCGCUUCUCUCACUCGCGCGACACUUCCGUUUCCGGCUCGAAUUCCAACAGUUUUGCAUACAAUUUUCAUUAGUCCAUCGUUGUGCAUUAGAGGUUAAUGCGAUCGGUUAAAUAUUGGAAUUUACACGUGCUAAACUCAGCAGGAAAAGUGGCGCGUUUCGAUACGAUACAUCCACGGAUAUCCAUCUGGGACGUCCGCAAUGUUUGCUGCCAGAUACGUUUACCACUCUGACCGUUUUGCGUCUUCUAAUUGGCGAUUGAACAAUCGCGUUUGCCGAUUAUAAUCGCGCAAAUAUUGGCAAAUUGUUUCGCACUAUUUCGUUAGAUUAUUCUUACAUUUAAAUUUAAAUCUUUUUCUUCGAACCAAGGAAUAUUUUUCAUCGGGUCCAAGGAUUUUCUUUCUUUCGGAUUACGACGAGGUUAAUAUGAUUGUUUUAAUUUGCCUUGUUUGCGCAACUUUAAAAUACCGAAUUUGAGAAGAAUAAUGAAAUCGUUGAGAAUAUAUGGUACAAUUAUCGAAAUUGUUCCCCUCCCGGAACAACGUCUGAAUAAAAUCUCGAAACGAAACGUUCCUCGACGAAAGGGACGCCUCAGAAUUCAAAGUCUUCAAUUUGUGUAUUAUAAAUUCCCAAUUUUCACAGAACGAAAUUUGUCUUAAUUCCCAUGUUUGUUCUUAAACACGGAAACAUGUGCGAAUCAACAGUAAACUCGCAUAUUUCUGUGAAAACGUAGACUCUAUCCCCCAGUGGGGGAUGUUGUUCGUAGAACGGAGAGUCGUAAUGUUAAGUGAGAGAGAAUAACACGGAUACAUUUGUCGGUUCGGUAUAAAUGUAAAAAUAAACGAGAGAGUGAGAGAGAAAGAGAUGGAGGGUAGAGUAAACAGGGCGAAUGGGCUAUUCCGCGAUAGUCGAGAGUGAAAUAUGCAAAUGUGGCGUGUAUAGUAACGCAGGGAUAAGGGGGUUGCGCGCGUGAUUCCUGGACAAUUCGAAUCUUUUGUUCAUGACGGAGCUCGGUUGUCGAAUACGUGAUUUACCGUGAAAUUUCAUCGUUUUCAGGACGGGAAAAGAAGGAAUUUCGGGAAGCUCUUUUCAGUUUCUUCUUACUCGCAAAUUUCUAUAGAUAAAACGAUGCGAUUUUACUCGCUCGUUACUUUUGAACCAUUGUUCAUUUUCUUCGUUUCAAUAACGAAAAAAAUCCUUAUCUUUACCUCGUUACCUCCAUUGUUCCCUCCGGGCAUUUUUUAACGAAGAAUUUUUUUGAAAGAAUCUUUUAAAAACUUGGAGUAUAUUGAAAGAAUGACAGGAAUUGUUAUUUAUUCUCUUUCAUCUUACUAAUCUACUUUCUACUAUAAAUAUACCGAAAGGUGCGACGUUUCUUCCGUAAAUUUGAAUUCACUUGCUCUAAUAUCCCGAGUUAGUUUAUUCUUCAUCCAUUAUCCUUCGAUGCUAACCAGUUAUGCAAUUUGCAGGUCCUGCGACGAGCCUCGAACGAUCAAGAAUUCCCCGUGUGGAGGAGGGUGGGGAAGGGGAAAAGAAAAAAAAAAAAAAUAAAACCACGAACAGACCGGUGACAAAUGGCGGUCGAUCUCCUAUCGUUGAAGAUCCGUCGGGCGUAUCGUCAGGUGACAAACGAUAAGCGCAUGCAAAGCGAGUGUGGAAAGCAGAUUUUGAGUAGCGUAAACGUCGCCACCGGGCACCAGCGCGAGAUAUCCCGUGUGAAUGGACCGACAUAAUGUUCGAAUCUAUACCCCUCUCCCUCUUCCCCCUCCCCCUUCCACCUCUUUCCCCUUCCCCCCCCUUUCUCCCGCCUGGAACGACGAACGAAAUGACUGAUAGAGCGAAAAAAGGACAGCGACUUAAGCCUGUUUGUCGGCCCUCACGAAUCAGGAGCAGCUGUGCUGCCUUGUGGCCCUUUAUGGGGCCCCAACAAUGGGGCUGUCGUAUUUGGACAGUAUUAGCGUUAAAUUUGCUCAAUGAAAUAGUUUCACAGGGAUGUCUGAACGGUGUGUAACACCGGGAACACAGAGAAAAGUCGAGUUUUCGAAGUCGAGACGAUCCUGUGUUCGACUUUUUCAAAUCCUCGAAAAUCAUCUAGGGAUCUUUCUCUCUUUCUGUCCCUCUUUCUCUCUUCUUUCUCUCGCUGUUUUUGUCCACGUAUGAUGUUUAAGCUAAGUGUAUAUAUAUAUAUAUAUAUAUAUGGUCGUUUGAUCGUGAGGUAGCCUCGCGAUGGCGGUAGACUUUUGGUCUUGGUAGAACGUUAUUAAUCAUCCAUUCAGCUCCCUCUAUUUCCGGCUUAACAUGGAUCUGAGAAUAGCAGGUAGCUAUACCGGACGCCUUGGUAAUUAUAAUUAGCCUAUUAUACGGGGGACUGGAAUUUUGUUUCUUUAUUUUCUUUCUUUGGGAGGCUCUCUCUAGGCCCUGGACCCCUUUUGUUGGCUAGCGGUUGAAGGUGGUUUAAGCGAGUUUAGAAGGUCGUUCAGUGGGCGGUUUCGGUCUCUUGUGUGUAAUGAUGAUGAUGAUGAUGAUGAUGAUGAUGAGGAUGAUGAGGAUGAUAGUUAUGAUAAUGGGGAUUGAUAGAAAAUAUUUGGCAAUGAUGGAGAAAUUGUAUUUUGGAAUAUUUGAAUUUCAAAUCUUGAUGGUUAAAUUCUAGCUCUGUUAAAACAAAAAAUUUUAUGCACGAUAUAUCUUUCUAUUUAUCUACAUCAUGAUGGAUUAAAAAACAUAUUAUCUCUGUAUGAUUUAACCAGUGAUAAUUAAAACCAAACGACAAUUUACAAUUACCUAAGAUCGGACCCUGCUUCUACUUAGGGAGAUUAAAAUAGAAGAAUUGAGUCGUUUGAGCGCGUAGAGAGGCGGGUUUAAUGGGACCAUUCCGAAGGAGGCAACGACGUGGAACGAAACGGGUGACGACUGUGAAGCACGAUAAUGCGAUGAUCUUUCGGGGACAAUAUUAAUGAAAGUCUAUCCAAUCGCGACCUAAUGCGAAAAUCGAUAAAAAGGAUCGAAGGGGUCUUCUAUUUUCUUCGCGCUUACUGCACUUUUCGAAAUAUUCUCGAAAUACUUUUCUGAAAUGAAGCUCGACGAUUAAUUUUAAUCCAAUUUCAUUCUUUCCAUUUGUACACUUAAUUCUCCUUCAUUUGAUUAAUGAACUCGGUAUAGAUUGAAUUUUGAAAAUUUUCAAAGCAAUUUUGAAACGGCGAUAAAUUAAAUAAAAGUAAAAAUAACAAUUUAUAUUGAAAUUCAUCGAUAUCUUGUAUUUCUAUUGACUUCGAUUCUUACAAUGUCAGUAAAGAAAAUUCAGUAAUUUCAUAUUAAUUUAUGGAAUUAAAUAUAUCAGACUGCGGAUAUUUGUGCAUUUAUAGGAAGAAUAUAUAAUAAAUACCUUAUUUAAUAAAAAAACAAUCUUUCAUAGAAAUAAUUAAAUAAAUAUCCACAGUUUACUAAUUACACAGCAAAAGUCACGCGAAUCUUUUAUAUUUAAUCCGCGUAUCCCCUUCUGACUCGUAUCAACCUUCCAUCCAAUACUUGUGCUGCCCAAUUAGAGCCCCCUUUCGAAGCCUAUGAUCGCACGAUUUAAAUACAAUCGGAUCCCUAAACUUGCGAUCGGUCGAGGAAAAAAAGAAACGAGAGAAGGAACGAAAAAUUGAACGUUGAGGGGAGGAGGAGUAUAGGUGGGCAAUAUCGCGUUGCGUGGCAUCAUCUGGCGUGGAAUACGCGAUGACACGGAUCAACGGCGGGCAAAAGGAUCUCGUUGCAUGGCUAAUAUAAUGCAAUCAUCGGCGUGUAAUGAUCGGGGCACAAUGGCCGCCCGUGCGAAAUGGCUUCUUCUUCGUGUUCCUCCGCCGGUUUUUCCGUGACACCACGUUUGUAAAAGCCGAUGACGCGUGAAAUUAGCGAGCAUUCAUCAGCUAGGGGAGAGGUAUGCUCGAUUAUCGCUUUAUGUCCCGUAAAACGAGACGGAAGGAAAGUUGGUGAAAAUUAGGGAAAAUUGGGGCCUGGAUUUCGAUUGGGACGUCUCUUCUUCUUCUUUUUUCUUUUUUUGGACCUUCUUUGGAGGAAGAUUUUGAGUUUCAGUUUUCAAAUCGAUGACCGUUAGUCAUGGAAAUGUAAAUAAUUACACGUAUCUUAAGAGAAUUCUUAUUAGGAAAAUUGAAAUAUGUACGAGAGAAUAGGAUGAAAUAAAGAAAAAUAAAAUAUUGGGGAAAAAAUUACUAUACUUUCAAUAUUCUGGUACAUAUAUAAUUCUAUUUUUAUCUUUUAAAUUUAACGUGGUAGCAAAUAAUUUUUGCGAUCAGAUUCCGACACACAAAACAGAAUCUUGUCAUUUUUCACAUGAAUGUGUAAAAAAAAGGAACAUAAAAUUUUUUAUUAUUAAGAAAGAAAUAAUUUACUGAUAAAUACGUAUAAAUAGAAUAGCAAAAUUGCCUCCACUACGCGAACCAACAAAGAGAAACAUUGAUAAAAUCCCGGAAGAAACAAUCCGGAGCACCAGAAAGAGCAUACACAAUGAAACAACUAACAAAUAGAAACGUAAUACUCGACGAGCAUGCCGUGUCACACGUACAAUCCCCAUUCUCGACAUAAUUUGUCUCAUCGUAAAGGACAGUGUUGAAACGUUCGAACGAGCAUCGAAGCUCGGAUGAAAAAUUAGCCUUCCCUGAAACGUUUAGGGAAACUGACGACUCGAGGAAGGAAGGGAGGAAGGAAGAAGACAGAGAAAUUGAAUAACAGAUGCGUUCGAAACGAUCGAACAACAAGAAUAUUCAAGGGAGGGAUCGUAUGCGAAAUUUGGGAAAUUUAUAUUCGAGCCGCGAUUACGCGUCUCAUGAUCACGUCGUGGGGGGUAGUUCGUGGAGAAGUUUUGCAAAAUCGUUCGGUGGAAACUUGGCUGGACUUUUCCACCGGUAACCUAUCUGAUAAUGCGUUUUCCCUCUCUUUUCCCUCGCGCACGAGUUCGAAACAAAUAUUUCGUGAAAGAGAUGGGGAGCGACGAGGCGUGUACGGGGGGAUGCUUGUGUAUAAGAGGGAGGACCAAGGAGUAUCUUUUUCGCGGAUCAGGAGACAACCUCCGCUGAAUAUUCUUUUUAACUUCAUAACUAGUGAUAUAUAUGUCAUCUGUAUAAAUUAAGGCUUUCAAUAUUGCGGAUUUGCUCAAAUUUUGAAUGUCUAUGAAUAUAAACUAACAGAAUUUGAAUACUUGAAUUUGAAUUUCAUUUCGAAUACUCGGAUCCAAGUUUCGAAUCUUCGAAAUCUUUGGAUCGUGAAUAUUUGGAGUACUCAGAAUGAAUAUUCUAACGUAAGAGUACGUAGAUAUCUUCAUUCUCAGUAUCGAUAUUUUUAAGCACAUUUGGAUUUUAAAUUUUUCUAUCUUCGAUAUUCGAUUUAAAAAAUUAAUUAUUUUCAAGUACAAUUUAUAAUUAACUGAAAGCUACUCCAUUUCUAGUCUCUUUUUUAUACCAAUAAAUAUUUAUUUCUUCAAGUCUCCAUAAAUGAAUUCGAUCUUCCUAAUAAAUAAUUAUUUAUAUUCAGAAAUUUCAAUCUCCUUCGUAUAUACUCCACGAACUCAACUCCAAAAAAUAUUCUUACCAUCGCAAUUUACCAAACGCACCCCCAAAAUCCCAGAGACUCAAACUCUGGAAUUCGAUUCCCCCGGUUCUCGAACAUCCAUCUCCUGUAACCAAAGUACUUACACUUCUGUUCGAGGGGGGGUGGAGUUAGUUCGAUUUGCAAAUGAAUUCGCUAAUCGCCAAGCGUUAAGCGUUUCAAUUCGUCGCGAAGACCCAAACGCGGGCGCGAGUCCAUUAAUCGAGCACGUCGAAUCACCACAUUCGUAAUCAGAGAGAGGGAAAUAGAGAGUAAGAGAGAGAAGGAGAGUUUCAUUACCCGUUAAUUGUUGGCAACGAUGUAAUUUUCACCGAUGUUAUUAGCCGAAACAAACCUAACCGUGUAACAUAACCUAACCGUGCUAAAUUCACAGAGCAAAUGAAAAAGUAGGGCACGAUGAAGACACGAAGAAGACGCGUAAUGAUUUUCUAUAAAAGAAAAAGAAAGAAAAGAGAAAAUCGAAGUAGUGUGUAAUUUAUAUCGAUUUUAUUAUAUCAAAAUUGACUCUCGUGUAACAUAACCUACAAUCGUGAUGAGUUACGUAAGAUUCUAGGAUGCAAAAGUGUAUGAUAGAAACAGGAAGACAAGAUAAUUUAUAUUCGUUUUAUUAAUUGAAACUGACUUUCGUGUGAUAUAAUUUAUAAGAUGAAGAUUUAAAAAGGAUUUAAGAAAUAAAGAGCAUGAACGCAACGAAGAAAUGAAAUAAAAUCGAUCGAUGAUAAUUAUUUGCAUUUAUUUUUACUAACUGGAAUUGUUCUCUAACAUAACCUAUAACCACUUUAAACAAGAAGAAUAUCGGAAGAAUACGAAUUAAUGAUUUUUAAUAAGAAUAACGAGACGAAGGAGGAUGUUAUUUAUAUUGAUUUUAUUAAUUAAAACCACAUUAACGUAUUAUCGUUUCGAGAAUUGUGAAUUGCGAUGAGUUCGAAUGAGAAAGAGCGCGUGGAAGAACGUGGUGGAGACACGGAGGAGGUGCGUAAUGACUUUCCAUAGGAGGAAUGAGAUAAAACUGAACGAUGGAAGCCAGUCCUUAACGAGAAAUUUAUGCUCUACCGUAGCCACCAAGCGCGGAUUAGACCGACGGAAACCGCGAUUCUUUUCGAAUUAUAUCCAAAGCGAGAUGGAGGUUAUGUUGCGUGCGUAUAUGGAUUUAUACACUUGUAUCGUAUAUACGGUAAACGCGUGAAUACAUUUAUAUAGGCAAAUGGGUUUUAAAUUGCAAAUCAUGUGAUGAAAUUAACUGUUCUGUAAUUCUCAAGACUGCAAUUGUCAUUCGCAAGAUGGUGUACGAAUAUUAGUUCUAUGGAGGGAUUUAGAUAGAGUUUAUGAUAGUCUAUCGUUGAAUUUACAUUGUGCGGGGAAAGAAAAUUUGGAGUGGGCAUUUGUGAAACGUUGACAGAGUUUUAUUAUUUUUCAAAGCUUAACCGUGAUGGAUAUUUCUUUUAUUUCUUUUAUUUAUUAUAAUAAAAACACAAAAUAUGUAACAGUAUACGAUGUCGAUAAAAAUGAUUAAUAUUUGAAUAUCAAGAUUUAUUAAAUAUUUUUAUUAUCAGAAUUUUCAGAUAGAAGAAAUAAUAUCUGAACGAAAAGAUUUUGAGAUUGAUUUCAAUUGUGGAUAAAAUAAUACGUUUCGCUAUAUCAAUACUGAUGUAUACAUAUUAUAAAAGGUCUUAUUUAAACAAAGAAUCGACAGAUUAUUUUCCAUAAUUGAAACAGCGAUAUCGAGCGGUGUCAUAAAGUGCGCCAUAUGCCGUGUCUUCAUGAAGCGUCGAGCUUUUAUCGCGUAUCAUUGUCUCUAUAUUAUUAUUAUAUGGCUCUGUAUCAUUUAAUAAGGAUUAUUACAAGAAUCGACCCUAAUAGAUUCGUAUCGUUUUCAAUUGCGUCCCAUUUUCCUGUCUCCAACUCUUAUUCGUAAUAAUAAAUAAGUCAAAAUUAGCUUCAGAAAAAUAUUGAUUUAAAAAUAAUUUAUUUCCUAAACACGAAAGAAGAAUUACAACAAAGAUUCUUUUUAUUAUUUUUUCUUCGAUUGCCAUUUUAUUUUUUAUCGUAAAAAAAUUAUCGUGAGGAGAAAUGGAGAAUUGUGAAAUAAAAAAAAAAAGAAUAUUCAAUUAUAUUUUCUUUUUUUUUUUUUAAUUUUCUAAUCUUCCAAUUAUAAAAAAUUAUCUUCAGAAUACGUGGAAUCCAAGAUUAUUGCGUUUUUAUUCAAAGCGAAAGAAGAAAGAUAUCAUUUUAACUAGAUCUCAUUCUCCUUCUAUUUUCCUCUUUCUUUUAUUAACUUUUAAAAACUAUCCGCGUCUACUUAAUACCGGUUCCAAGAGACACAAGCUAUAUAAAUUAUUCAAAAUAAUAGGAAAAGAAAUUUGAUCGAUGUAGCAGCAAAUCGAGCGAAACUAAUCUUCCAGAGUGUCCCAAUAAAGAAAAAUAUCCACGCCUUAUUAUUCCUCAUCCCCUUCGUCUUCAACUCGGAAAGGAAACGAUUAAAAUACGAGGGAUCUUUUUUAAAAAACAUGGAAUGAAACAAAAAGAAAAGAGCCUCCCCUCUUACCAACGAAAACAUCCCACCUAAAUUCAGAAAUAAACUUACCGGUAAUAUAGUCCAUCCGACGAUAGCUCGAACCACCCCCGAAAUCAAUAUGGAGGAUACCAUCGAAUAGCAACAUAUACCAAUAGUAACAUCAAAUCUCUAUCGACCCCCCUCCCCUCCACGGUGAAAUCCUCCCUCGUUCAAAACAAUUUCACCAUUUCGGGAACGGAUGGUGCUCCUUCACCGUUCCAUUAUCCAUCGAUUCGAAAACCGGAAGCUGUUGUAUGCAUUCCUCCAUCUAUAUACUUUUAAGAGCAACGUUUCCAACGACGACUCCCUCCCCCAAGGAGAGGGGAGGAAUAACUGCAUAAAUUAUUCAUCCUCCCUCCGUUGGAAAACGAGCGAAAGGUUUCGGUUGGCUCGAUCAUUAGAUUGGUCGAACGCCAGGCCAAGAUCCUGAGCCGAGCCCAGAAGAGUACAUCGAGAUGGUGGGGGGAGGAAAAGGUGGUGGGUGGAUAAGGAUGGCAUUAGUUACGUGAUCCCAGUGGCAAUGAUUUAACCGAAUUCUCGUUGACACGUGCAUCGCCAUACGUACACGUAGGGACAACGUAGGGGGUUGGAACAAGCCAAAUGGACCAUCGGGAGCAAAUAACUCGAUUUGCUCGGUCUACGCGUACUUGACUGGCCGGUAAGAGAGGCAGGAGACGGAUCCAGUAGGAGGAUUGACUGCGAGAGGAAGAAAGGCACGAGAGAGAGAGAGAGGAGAGGAUGCACACGCAGCCAGGAUGGAAGGAAGCAAGGGAGCAAAGGAAGUUAUCGAGGCGGUAGUGUCACCAUAGUCAUACAGAGGUGCCCAGUUGUCGAGCAAACUAGCGGAGCCAGUCAGCCAAACAGCUCGAGCCAAGCCAGCUCUCUGGCCGGCCAGCCAACCAGCCACCGGCACCCAGUAAGCGGAACCAGCACAGUUCUUGUUUUAUUCAGUCGGGAUCAUAAAUUACGAAUUUAAACACACAAUGAAAGACGCUUAACAAGAAGCUAACGCGAGAUUGAGAGGCCCCGCCCGGAACACCUCUUCUUCCACAGAGGCGAACGGAUGCCGGCCAAUCCGAAAGCAGAACCGCCCUUCGACGUACCACCCGACCCACCGUUUCCACGCCAAUCCACAACCGAGGCAGCCGGGACACCGGGAUGGAAUCGACCUAUCGCCGCGCCGCUUGAACCCGAAACCCAAACCCGAACCUAACCCGAAUCCCCCUCCCUCCCUCCCUCCUCGACGACCAUGCCUCGAGAGGAGUUAAGUCGUCGCGGACACGGUGACUCCCCGAUGCACCCCAGUCGCGUACCACUUGGCGAGCCGAGUCCCUCGGCUGUCUCACCCUGCUUCUUACUGGUGUAACAGUGUCCACGGUGUUAUCCUCGAGAUUUUUUUUUCUUUCUUUUUCAUUGCAAGAGUGACGGUGUACGUACAUGUUUGUCGGGGAAUGAAUCAAUUUUCGUCGAGCGAGGCUGGAGUAUAAUUGGUAGAAAAAGUUGCACGUCUGUACGGAAAGCGGCGGCCAAUCAUUUCGAGAGAAAUUUCUUCGAGGAGCCGUGAAACGAACUUUGAACUGGUUGGAGAUGAGAAUUGUCGAAUCAUUGCCGCGGUGGAAGAGAUUCGUCAGAGCUGUGUCGGACUUUGAGGAAGGGAAUCGGUGAUAGGAAAUUUUGAAUUGAAUUGUAUAUCUUGUAUAUCUAGUUGCGGAAUUGGGAACGGAUAUAUCCUAGAAGGAAGAAAAAAUUACGACACUUGGAGAUCGAUAAGAUAGGAUAGAUCAAAAUCAACACUGAUGAGUUACCGGUUCGAGAAUUAAACUUUGCCAGUUAUCUUUCCACCGGACGUAAAGUUUCGUGUUGCCAAAAGGAUUAUAAAACGUGUCACGAGAUAAUUUAAUAACAACCUUCCAUCGAGUCAUUGCCAAAAGAUCACUCAAAUUUCACGGAGCGAACAACUCGAAACAAGGAUGUACCACCAAGAAAGUGAUCGCCAGUGACCAAAUAAUAUAUGUAUAUACAUAUCAACGUCCAACGUUGUGAGUGAGCAUGUCCAGUGUGCAUCGUGUGACCGCGUGAACGAAACGAAAGUGAACAAAAUCCAUCCAUCCUUUUCAAAUCCCACGAAGCACGCCCCUCCCCCCAACCCGGUUUCAAUCCCGGUCGAAAUUUUCCGCUCAUUGCCGAACUAUGCGUGGUGCGAGAUGGUGUGUUCUCUGACCAACAACAACAACAACAAUAACAACAACAACAACAACAACAACAGUGGUAAAAGCUGCAACGACACCGGUGGCGAGCCGUGCACGGACUUGCGAUCCAGCCCAGAGGCGCAGCCGGGCGAGAACAUGUCGUCGUUGAGCGACGCUCACAGGCGGAACAGCCACUUGGAAGGCGACAGAAGUUCGUCGGCAGGCUCCUCUCUGGGCUCGUGCUCGCCACCGCCAGCCUCCAGCCACUCUCCACCGCCUCCCAGGCCGCCUUGGCUGCACGACUUCCACGCGGCGGCCGCCCCUCACGUCCUCCAAUUCUUGAACCUGAGCGCUGCCGGGGGCAGCAUGCUGGCCAGCCAGCCCCUGGCGGCGUUGCACUCGAUGGCGGAGAGGAGCCACCAUCAGCAGCAUCAACAGCACCAACAGCAUCAACACCAACAGCAGCAGCAACAACAGCAACAGGCCCAUCAUCAUCAUCAUCAGCAGCAGCAACAAACAGGGGGCAUACAGUUGCCGAGGAUCAGCGUCCCCUUGUCCACGAUCACGCAGGGGCAAGCCUCGCCAACGGGGAGCGGGAAGCACAGCCCUGCGACCUCCAUCACCUCCGUCGGAAGCAAUCCGCACGGUAUCGACACGAUAUUGUCGCGGCCGGCGGCCACCCAUCCUCAGGCACCCGUGUCGGCCACGCACGCCGCGCUUCAACCGACGCCGCAUCCGCAGCACAUGACGGCGCCUCGGUACGGGAUGCACGCGGGAUUCACUGCUUCGUCGGGUAUCGGGCAAUUUCAACAAAGAACGGAGCCACGGCAUCCUGCUGUCUAUUGGCCAGGUCUUCAGGGAUUAGUCAGUGAUCCCCUGGGAUGGCGAGCAAGACUGCACACACUGUCGCAACAGCUGGGCUGUCAGCAGACGAUGACAGGAUCCGGCGGAACCGGCGAGCACGAGGGCGGCAAGAAGAAGCACACGAGGCCGACGUUCAGCGGACAGCAAAUCUUCGCCCUCGAGAAAACGUUCGAGCAGACGAAAUACCUAGCGGGGCCGGAACGCGCUAAAUUGGCCUACGCCCUCGGCAUGUCGGAAUCGCAGGUCAAGGUAUGGUUCCAGAACAGGCGGACAAAAUGGCGGAAAAAGCACGCGGCCGAGAUGGCGACGGCGAAGAGGCGGCAAGAAGAGGUCGAAGGCGUCGUCGCGGAGGGUGAGGAUGGUUGCAGCGACGCGGAGGCCGAGGGAAACAGCGAAACCGCCGCGAAAAGGCUGAGAAGGGAGCUCGAGCAGCAGUAUAGGCAUUAAAACAAAUGUGAGAUGUCGAUUCGAAGAAAGGAAACGAAUCGAAAGACUAGAUUCUGUACUAGAUAGAUUCGUGAAAGGAAACGAAGGAGUGUGUGGCGAAAAGGAUUUUAAAAAAUUUACAGAUUCCCAGCCUGUUACGGUGCUUCGAUUGUCGAUUGUUUUGUGGAUUGGAUCUUGGCACAAGAUGUUUCAUAAAUUUCUUCUUUCUAAUUCCGGAUUUUUUUUCUUUUUUCAUUUGGAAAUUGGUCGAUCAAAUCAAAAUAAAGAUUACAAAGAUUUAUAAAGAAUUAAAUUAGAAGAAUUAAUAAGAUAUAGUGUCUGCCAAAAGUUAAAGUAAAUUCAAAAUGAUUUUUCUUCUUGUUUUAGUAAAUAUUUUUAUCGAAAAUGACACGUUGAAAAAGAUCUUCAUUUUCAAAAAUUCUUUAUUACGUUAUAUCGUGAUAAAAUGUAGGAAUAUUCAACUGAGGAGGUGGAGAGUUAAACUUUUGGCAGUUACUUUAUUUCAGUUCGCGUAUCAUAAAUCAGAAGUCGUAAUAACAUUACUACCCUUAACUCCAAGGAUAUUUAUAGAAUUAAAAUUAAAACGAAAGAUUCGGAAGAGGGGAAGUGGUCCAAAUAACAAAAUCUUUAAUUUUGAAAGGACUGUGGACAAAGUUCCAAAGUUGAAUAGAAAAAUUUAGAUGUUUCCAAAUGUUAAAAAAAGUUUGAAAUCAUGGAUGGAAUCGUGCAUGGAAUCAAAAGAAGAAAAAGUAAAUAGAAUUUUUAGCUUUGAAUAAAAAGCUUGGAAUUCUGUUAUCAUAAAAAAUUCUUUAAUCAAAAAUCGAUUGGAAAAUAUAUAAUUGACUUCAAACAUUUGAUUUUCAAAUUUGAAAAUUCGUAACAAUUUUUAAUAAAUAUCGAUCUCCAAAUAAUUUGUACAGAUUUCCCGAUAAUAUUUUUAUUAUAUUUUUCUCAAAAUAUAUUUAUUAUCACUUUUUCGUCGCAUCCAUUAAAAAAAAAGAAAGAUUAAAUUUCUUUUGUUCAUACAAUAUUUACAUCGUUAACGGAAAAUAUUUAUAUCGCCCUUUAAUUAAUAAAAAGAGAAAAAAAGACAAAAAUCUUUGUUUAAAAUGCCACAAAGACUGACGGGUUGAAAAAAAAAAUUGAAUAUCUCCUAUCCAAUCGUCGAAAUGCUAUUGAUUUGUGUCAAAGAGUAUGAAAAAACGGAUAUUCGAAGCUUAAAAUAUAAUAUUGUGCCGUUAAAACGUGUUAACUUGUAGAUAGAAGCGUUGGAGAAGAAUGUAUACGAUUUUUUAAAAUAUAAAAUUAAUCGUGUGAUUGACGUUGGCACGUAUUACAACUAUUAUUAAAGAAUCAAAGAUCGAUGCGUAUCGGUUAGAAGAGGAUAAACGAAAUUCGAUUGAUUGAUUUUUAUACAAAAUGUCGAUGAAAAGAUUUAAAAAAAAAAAAAAAUAAAACUCGAAAUUACGAAUUGUUAAAUAAUUCUAUUGGAGUAAAAGAUAAAGAUCGAUUUAACGAAUUUUCGCAAGAUAAUGAGUUUUAGUGGCACAAUGGCGAGAUCCCUAUUUUCACAUACCCAUUUAUUCAGAUAUCUUACAUUGAUAAAUGCUGAUAACGGAUCACGCGUUAUUUUCGUUUGGAAAAAUUCCAUCGACGAAUUUUUAACGUUUAUAGAGGUCUAUCGUUUGUAUAUAUUUGUAUUAAGAUGCCAUAUUAUGCUAUAACGAAAGGACGAUCCUGCCGUCUGGAUGUUAAAAGGAUUUAACAAGCAAAAUUAUUAUAUUGUAACUGGAAGACAGUAAUUACACGCAUGCGAUUAUUUGCGGGAUUUUGAUGUUGGAGAAAGGAAAAUAAAACCGAAGAUAUAUUCCAUAAAAAUAUCGAAUUGGAAUUUUUUUGAGGCAAGAGAAAGAAAAAAAAUUUGUUUAUAAUAAUGGCAAACGAGCGACAAAUUAAAUCUUGUAUUUUAAUUGUGGUAUAUUGAAAAGGAAUUCGCUUUAUUGAUAUUAUUAAUUUAAUUAGUCGAGGAUAUUAUUAGGAUAAUAAAUUUCGACCGAUGAAUAAAUCUAGUCAUUAUAUAGUAUAUUAAAAGAUAAUUUAUAUGAUAAUUGUGAUUAAGUUACAAAAUGAUUAUUAGUUAAAGUUUAUUAAGAAUAUCAGUUUAAACGAUUAUUGAGAAGGUAACGAAUUUUAAAAGGUGAUAAUAAUUUGAUAAUUUGAAAACAUGAAAAGAAAAGAUUUUGAGAGAGAAAUGAAAAUUGAAAUUUUGGAAAUACAAAAGUUAAAUUUCAAUAGUAAUUUGAUUAAUAAAUAAGCCCUGCACAUAUUAUGUACAAAGAAUAAUUACAGCAAUUCGACUGAUUUUAAAAAUGCAUUUUUUUUUUUCGAAAACGAAGUCAUCCACGCAAUUUUAUUAUUCUCCGUUUAAGCCGCAGAAUUUUUCUGAUUAUUACUUUUAUCACGAAUUACCAGAUCAUCCUAUAUUUAUAAAUUACUUUCUUAAAAGAAAACUAACUCUUCAUUUCAUUCGAAUCUUGCCUUAAAAUUGAAAAUUUUUAGCGCUCAUGGAAAAGUAUCACAUCGUUUAAUCCUGCAAAUAAUUAACUAUAAUAAUAAUAAAAAAAAACGCCGGUAAGCUCAUAUUCAAUUAAACAGCACGUGUAAUAGUAAAUAUACGCUGAAUAUGCCAUCACUAUGAGCAUAAAUAAAUAUAAAUAUUCGAAUAAAUUAAAUGCAAAUGCGAAACGAGGAUAAAGAUUCGAAGAGAAAAAUGUACGUAAGAAGAAAAGAAUCGAACGAUUCCCAUUAAGAAUUCUCUAUGUAUUUACGUCCCAGUGAAUUAUGCUAAUGAAAGAAUAAGCGGAUCGAAAUGAAUUUUGUAUAUUCUGUAGAUACGAUAAACGUGAAUGUGAUAUUUAACGUAUUUAAUAAGAAUCUGACGUAUAGAUAUAUAUAGGAUGAUUCUAGAGCGAAUCGUUACAAUUUUUUAACAUAUUUUGAUCAUUUUAUAAAUAAAAAAAAAAAUACUUUAUCAAUAGUUCAAACAACAACUUUUUACCUUUAUCUUUUCUCUUGUAGUGAAUUCAUUAUUUUCGUUCAAUUGAUCAUCUUCCGAGCAAAUAAUUUCCUAUUUUUGCAAAAUAUAAAAAUAAAAAAUCUUUUAUUUCCAUUGUUUCCAUUCACUUUCCUUAAAACAAAACAAAAAAAAAACAAAAAUUUUAAUAAUUUGAAAAUUUAAAAAUUCAAUUAUUUGUAAAAUUCGAGAAUUUAAAAAAAAAAUUCAGAAUUUGAGGAAUUUUUUGAUUUAAUUAAGAAUUCGGAUUAGAAAAUUUGAGUGUUCGAUCCUAGAUAUUUAAUAAAAAUAUAAAUAUCAAACAUAAAACCACUUCCGUGUUCAAAAUGAUUAUCGUACCCUUAAAAAUUAUUGUCGAAUCGCCCCAAAAUCAUCCAACGAGUAGGUGUUCCCCAUUAAACUCGAAGAAGGCAAAAAAAAUGAAAAAAACAUAGGAUCGUAGACGUACACGUAUAAUGUAUAAUCGCAGGAAGCGUGCAGCUAAAGAAGAGGAAGCGGAAGCCACUUGCAAGAUCCUCUCGAUACCCGAAUCCAGCGCGCAUUCUUUUUUAGCGCGGUUACCAUUGUCGAUAUAUUGCGAGAAUGAGAUUUUUUUCAGUUGGAAAGUUGUGAUCGACUAACAAGUUUUGAAACGGAAUAAAUACGAAAUGUGUAAUGAUCGAAAAUGGCGGGUAUACUAGACGUACCAAUUACUCGAGCGUUUAACGUGUUACUGUACAGUAUUUAGAUAAAUUGCUGAGCGAACGAGGUAGAGACAAUCUGUAUAAAAUAUUGUAUAAAUUAUACAUACGUGUUAUC